AUGAACACUGUUAGAAACAAAGUUGGGUGUCCCUGGGUAUUUAGAUCGGACCAUGGAACAGAAAAUUCUGUAGUUGGGCAGCUGCAGCAGUUUCUGAGAAGAGCUAAUCAAGACCCAGUUGCUAGUUUUGUCCAGGGCACGAGCCAGCACAACCAGCGCAUAGAAUGCUGGUGGAGUAUGCUUCGAAGGCAUUGUACUCAGUACUGGAUGGAAUUAUUUUCUCAAUUAAAAGAAGAUGCACGGUUUGAUGGAGGUCUUUUGGACAAGUCAUUGGUUCAGUUUUGUUUUUUGAAUCUAAUUCAGGAUGAGUUCAACACUGUGUUAAGAGAGUGGAAUGCUCACUGCAUAGCACCCUCGAGAAAUAGAGACGGUCCAUUUGGUCGUCCAGUGGUAAUGUACACAUCACCAGAGUUAUACGGAGGACAACAAUUUAUUGUACCGUUACAAAGGGAUGAGAUAGAAAUAUGCGAAACUGAGUGCAUUUUCAAGAGCCAGUACACAUGUGACAAAGAUGUGUUUAAUCUUUGUUCGAUAUUAAUGAGAGAAAGACAGCUGUCUCAACCAAAUAAUCCUGAAGAGAGUCUGUAUUUGUAUGUUUUACGAAUUGCAAUAACUGAAUUACUUUGAGAAUGAAGCUGGUAUUUUUUCUCAUAAACAGUGUGUACAGUAACAGGUACAACAAAAAUUACUGCAACAAAAAAAGAUUAAGUUUAUACAUAAAAAAAUUAAAGAAAAACAUAGGCCUAUAAUUAUUUUUAGCUGUCUCGAUUUUAAUGAAAAUAUUUUUUAUUAAUAAUGCAAAAACAUACAUUAUACAGUACACUAUAAUUUAUGAUAAACUAUACUUUUUUUCCAGUAUAGCUCAGCAAGACAUAAUCACCAUACUAAUAGC